AUGGCGCUACCAUCUUCCUCCGACAUUUCAAUCUUUUCCUACAGCUCCAACAUGGAAACCCUCGACAACACUGAGUGGGAUGUUCUCAUCGUAGGCACUGGCCUGCAGCAGUCUCUUCUCGCUUUAGCUUUGUCGCGCUCCGACAAGAAGAUCCUCCAUGUCGACGAGAAUGACUACUACGGCGGUGCCGAGGCUGCCUUUAGCUUGCAAGAAGCUGAAGAGUGGGCGCAGCGAAUGAGUGGUGAAACCUCGAAUGCUGCCUUCUCCCACGUCGCAGUCACCAAGCCUGAGGCUACUGGUUCAGGCCCCGCGCUAUCCUUCUCGAGGGCAUACAGCCUGUCUCUAAGCCCCCAGGUCAUCUACGCGCGCUCCUCGCUGCUAGGCUACCUCGUCUCGUCGAGGGUCUACCGUCAACUCGAGUUUCUUGCUGUCGGUACCUGGUGGGUAUACUCUGCCGAUGCACCGGGCGAAAGCUCGUCAUCGCAUGGAAGACUACUGAAGGUGCCCAACGGCCGCGAGGAUGUCUUCCAGGAUCACGACCUCGACUUCAAAGCCAAGCGCGCCUUGAUGAAGUUCUUGCGCUUCAUCAGCGAGUACGAGGAACAGACUGAAGUUUGGGAGGAGCACCGUCAGCAGCCCUUCUCGAGCUUCUUGUCGGAGCAGUUCAAGGUUCCAGCCAGUCUGCAAGGACCUCUGAUGGCUUUGACGCUCUCGCCCACCAGGGCAGACCGUACGACAACCGAAUACGCUCUACCAAGAAUCGCGACACAUCUACGUUCGAUCGGAGUAUUCGGUGCUGGUUUUGGCGCCGUCAUACCGAAGUGGGGUGGCCUGUCAGAGAUUAGCCAAGUCUCGUGUCGAGCCUGUGCUGUGGGUGGUGGUGUCUAUGUCCUUGGAAAAGGCGUAACUCCACCCACUGACAGCGCCCCGGAGACAACCGAGAAUGGUACAAAGCUUCGCCUGAAAGAUGGCGAAGUUGUCACCGCGAAGUGGAUCGUAGGAGGAAAUUCCUCAUCUGCUUCUGAGGAUACAUACUGCAAGUCGAUGACCAUUGUGUCAUCCUCUUUGUCGCAUCUAUUCCCUCCCAUCGCCGAGGAAGCACCAGCACCAGCCGCUGCUGUCGUUGUCUUCCCGCCCGGAUCUUUGACGCUGGAGUCGCAAGCUGAAGAGCUUCCGCCAGUUCACGUCUUUGUGCAUUCGAGCGACACUGGCGAAUGCCCCUCUGGUCAAUGUGUACUAUAUGCUUCGACAUCGGUGAGCGGCCGAGAUGGGUUUGCCCUGCUUCAGAAAGCUGUAGACUCGUUGUUGUCUGCGGAAGACGUCUCGCCAUCUCCUACCAUAUUAUGGUCUGUCGAAUACCAGCAGCAAUCGUCAUCCGGAUCGGAGACGUUACCGACCGAUACCGACCAUGUCAUUCGCUUUCCACCUCCCUCCAUGGACCUCGCCUUCGAUGACGCAGUGCUUGAUAAUGUCAAAGAGGUGUGGCAGAAGAUUGUAGGCGACGAUGCUGGCGAGUUCCUGGUCUUCCAAGACCGAGAAGUAUAUGACGAUGACGAGUAA